UUGGCCUAAGCCUUCACCAUAGUAGGUUUCCUUUACCUUAGGAGCAAGGACCACUUCUUGGUUUAUUCAGGGAUUUUUUUGUGAUUCCGUUAGAAUGGAUAUCGACUCCGAGUCCCGCACCGACAGCAGCAUUACUGACAGAACCAGUAAAAGCUCAAAUAUAGAAAGUUUAGGCUUGACACACUCCGGGUUGGCUUAUGAUGGGAACUUUAUGCGCUCUGCUUCUGGCGUGUUUAUGACUGGAGAAAUCGUGUUUGGGCUUUUGGUGUGGACUCUGCUUGGUGGAACAGAGUAUCUCCACGUUCCUGCACUGGGAUGGGUAAUGUUUGUGUCAGUCUUUUACUGGGUGCUUACUGUCAUUCUCUUCCUCAUAUAUCUGACCACGGCCCACACUAGGAUUUCCCGGAUCCCAUGGAAAAAUGUGGGAAUAUGUUUUAAUGGCAGCGCCUCUGUAUUGUACCUGACAGCAGCUGUGAUUUGUGCUGUAUCUUUGAAUGUGGCCAAUAGGGGGCGCUACUACUUCAUCAGCUGGGUGGCCUCAACGAUAUUUGCCUCACUGGCUAUGGUGUGUUAUGUCGGAAAUACAGUUGUGAAUUUCAAAUCCUGGAGAUCGAAAAGUGAAGAUACAUAACCAAAUGUUUUUAGUUUGUUUGCUUGUCUGUUUGCUUUUAUUAUCCCUGGGGGAUCAUUUAUGCACAUUUAAAGAACCAGCUAAAAAGUUUUGCUGUGGUUGUGUUUGAAAUGCUUAAAAUAUGUAGCAUUGUUCCUAUGUUAAACUUUAUCUGUACACUACAGAAGAUUUCUCAUUUGAUUUUUCAUAAGAAAUGAAUUAUUGUGGCGGAACACGAUCCAUGUUUAAACCCAUGCUGUAUCACUACAGUAAGCCCACUAUAAUGAUUUUUAUGCAGAGUUGUUAGAUUCAGUUUGAUGGGAAGUUUUAGGAUUUUGUUUACUUGUUUGGAUUAAAUGAGAACUAUUAUGCAAAA